GGAAGAAAAUAAAAAAAUAUUGGACCGAACCCAGACGGCCAGACCCGUUUGUUUCCGAAGAAUCAAUCUGACGAUUGAUGAAAAUUACAGGUGAGAUACGAAACCCAACAGCCACAACACAGAGAGGAAAAACAUGAACACAUUGGUUUCAGCUUCUUCGCCCACUUCAAUUUUCUGUUCGUAUAUUCAAUCUAAACCCCAACAAAACGGCUGUUUGAGCAAUCCAUUCAACUCAGUCACUGUCACUUCUCGUACCCUACCAUGUUCCUCAGAUCUUAAACUUAAAGGUCUUAGCUUUGGUGGAGCAAGACCAACUCAAAGACUCACACUACAAUGUAAUAGCAGCACCAAACCUAGCCCUCCUGGUUCCGGUGAUGGUGACAGCAGGAAUAUAUUGGAUGCAUUUUUCCUGGGGAAGGCUGUAGCAGAAGCCGUUAACGAGCGAGUUGAGUCAGCAGUUGGUGAGUUUUUUAGUACAAUUGGUAGGUUGCAAGCUGAGCAACAAAAGCAAGUCCAGGAAUUUCAGGAAGAUGUAUUUGAAAGAGCCAAAAAAGCAAAGGAGAAAGCUGCACGUGAAGCCAUGGAGGCACGAGGACAUGUCCCCAAGUCCAGUACAGAAAACACAACAUCAGUCACUCUUGGUUCUACUUCAACAGCUUCACCUGUAAAUGCGAGCAGCGUAACUCCCGCAAGUCCAUCCUCAUCGAAUGAUCCAAUCACCCCCACCUAUGAGUCAGAUCCAAAUCCUGCUGAGCAGGUGUCAGAUGAGGACUAGGCAUUUAUAACCAUGUCUUAGUGGGUGCCUGAAAAGCUUUAUGUCAGACACCGAUCUGUAUUAUGGUAUAAACCACAUCUUCCAAAGUGACAGUUAGUGUUGGUUCUUAUAGCAUAUAGUCCAUUGAAUCAUGAAUAAGAUCGGUUCUUUUUACCUA